ACACUCCUUUUAUAUAGUCUGCAUCAUAAAAAAAGAUUAAUUACAGACUGUUUUUGACUGGGGUAACUGGGUGAAGGGGGCGGUGACCCUUUGGCGUACGGAGGCAGUUAUAAAAGCGUUUCCGUUUCUCCUGCUAAGGGUAAAACAAUGAGCGUUUUUGAAGGGAAACACAUUUAAUCAUACACAUAGCAAGCCCAGCGCUGGGGGAUUUUGUGGGGUUGAUUGAUCGCAAAUAAACUCAGGUGAGUAUAAUAUGUAGUCGGUGAUUCUGUGCUGCUCACCAGGUAAAAGGUGCACUUUUUUUUUUUUUUUAAAUAAAGAGCUCUCCAACAAAGGAAAUAAAAGUCGUUAGGCGACGAGUGGAUUUAAAGAAGGAAUCGCUAAGGGAACUGAGGACAGUCAGAGACAGAGCUGCGGGUUUAAAGGCAGCGCACACGCACGCGUUAGGCUGGCAAUGGUGGGGAGGCUCAAUUUGCGCAAUGUGUGUGACGAAGACCUGCUGGAGAUGAAUCUAAAAGCUGAGAGACUGUUGGACAGUCCGGAUUCUGGACUUCCUCCCAGCCCCAGUGUGAGUCCGAGCCCCUGGCUGAGCGGGGACAGGAGCACGGCCAGCUCCGUGUGUGAGGACGAGAGCAGAGCUGCAACUCUUGCUGCGGGUCCUCCUAAGCUUGUUAGAGGCGUGUUUCAAUUGCACCCGUUUUCCUAUGGUGAGGGAAUUGAACUUGAUCCUCUACCCCCAAAAGAAUUAAGAUACACAUCAUCAGUGCGGUAUGGCUCGGAUCGUCACUAUAUUCAGGAUGUGUGUUUACAGCCUACAGGUUUAGGGCUGGAGUUGUGCAGCCAGACCAUCAUAGCUAGCGCAAAGAGCACAUGGAGACGAUAUAAGACCCAACUGGAGUUAGUGCCCCGUCAGCGGGUACAUCACUACCAGAGCACCACCAUUGUGUACCCAAAACAUGCCAGGACCCUUUACACCACACAGCUCAACUAUGAUGGACGCAAGUUGGCCAAGCGCUUUCUGUCCAGUGUGGAACUGAAGGUGUCCAACUGUAAGGCCAAUCAAUAUUAAGAAAUGACUUUCUGGAAAAAUUAUAACAGAAUUUGUAAAGAUAAAUCUUACUUUACUUAACUAUGAUUGCCAUUAAGGGUGUUUAGAACCAGAUGGGUGGAAUUGCCAAAGUAUGUAUGUUAAUGGUUCAAUUAGAAGGUUUGCUUUUAGAUGGAUGGUGUAUCAUGCAUUUGGGGGGGUUGGAUGAGUUUUAAUGUUGCUUCUAUUCAAAUGUAUAUGAAAUAUUUUAUGUAAUAUUUUCAGACCAGUUAGUUUUGCGAUUCUGCUCUGUGAUGUUGAUCAAUCACUUAUUAAACUUUUAUAGUAAUAUAGUAGCACUGUGCUCAGUAAAAGCACUGAAGAGCUAGGGUGAAACAGGAAAGUGAUGAAAUAGGAAAAAAGUGAAAGAGUUAAAUUUAAUUCAACCUAUGUAAAUGUUUAGUAUUUUGUUAAUUGGUGUCCAUACUGAGUUGUUUUGCCUCAGUAAUUUGUGGUGUGUAAAUGGUUUUCUUGAGUUCUGGAAUAGUGUGAAAUGUUGCACAGUCAUGUAAUGAGAACAGGUAUAUGGAUGUCUGAAAAACAAAAAACAGUAGAAUGGGUUGAUAAAGGUUGUCUGUCUACUACUGUAA